UGGGUGGUGGUGGUGCAAGUGCAAGGCAGCAAAGGCCUUGAUAACAUUUGUCACGUAUAUGUGUAUCAACAAAUGCAACGCUCUUAAAAGGAACAAUGUCGAAACAAACAAGAGUGCUGGAAUUGAACAAAUGCAUUUUGUCUCGAUUAUGGUAUACAUCUUUAAAUAUUUUCCACGUAAACAAUGACAGCACGUUCUUGAAAGAAUUCCAUCACACGUGCUGUGUCGACUUGUCAGAAUUGGAAACUGUAAUUGAGAGCUUGAUACAUUCUCCGGAUGAGGAGCAAUACCAAUGGAUUGCCUACGUAUUGCUGUGGAAACUUAUAGACAGCAAAUCGUCCAAUGUUGGUUGCGAUAUACAGUGCAAUAUUCAAACGCAAUUCGAUUGUAUACAAAUGAAAAAUGCAAUUGAGAUGUGCGACAAUGUACCGGACUGUUUGCAUAAGGAAUUGUCAGUAUUUCUUCAACAACUAAACGUGGAAUGUAGUGUAAAACAUACUUCAAAUAUUAUAUUGGAACAGAUCUUUACAUUUCUGAAAGAUAACACAUAUGUCAAUGUGGAAACUGUGUGUUGGAUUAUAAACAAAUUAAUAUCUGUAGCUCCAAAUGCACACAAUGUUGUUAGCAAUUUACAAGACAUUUAUUUUUCUACUUUUAAGUCAUGCCUAGAACACAUUCCAGCCAGAAGAAACUGCUGCUUAAAUCAUACGAUAGCGAUCGAUUCCUCUUCUGAAGCUGAUUCGCCCACUCAUGGCAGCAAUCCUUUACGAGUGGUUCUACGCCUUUUGUCAAAAAUAGAUACAGAUGUGGAUAUAGAUGCACAAGUCGAAUUUUUAAAAAUAGUCUAUCCUACGCUUUCAAAAUCGCACCACGUUAAAGAUAUUGAACUUGCGUUAUAUUCGCGAAAAAAUGAGAAAAUGUUGAGCGAAUGGCUUUCACUUUGGAACAAGACACACGCGUGUCUCGAGAGCGCUACCACUUUACCCACAGCAUAUAAUAUAAGCGAAGGUAUAUUUAAAUUAGCAGAAAACUCGGAAAUUUCUUUGGGCAAACAGGACGUACUUGAGAGAACAUGUACGAGAAAAUUGCAUUGGUUAAAUGAUAUUUUGGAUAUAUGUUACAUCUUGACUACAAAGAGAAAAUAUAACCAAGUCGAAUUAUUGUUAUCGUGUGAUUUAUUACGAAGGUUAUAUCCAGUGUUGUUGUUUAAAGUAUUAAACGAUUGUCCGCGAGAAAUGAUCGAUACUAGCGAAAGCUACGACAAUGAUAUUUUUAUCUGUGAGUCCAUCAGCUUUCUCUUAGAGAAGUGUUACCCUGAUCUGCGCAACGACUAUGAUUUAAACAACUUAUAUACACUCUUAAAAAGCCACAUUAGAAUUGUAGUAUAUAUUUUCCAGUGGAAGAAGAGACAUUUUGUAAAUGCGAAAUUAGAUAGCAGAGAAUUGAAAAAUGUGCAAUCUGAUGCGACGGCGAUUGAACGGACAGUAUCUGUAAAACAGAUUUUGUCUCUUUUGCAAAAACACAAUAUACUCUUCGUCUUGAAACUCACAACAAAUAUACACGAUCAAGAUCACAGUGAUAUCCAAGAUUUGCUGAAGGACACUUCUCCGAACCAAUCUGCCAACUUCCAAGCAUAUUGUUGCAUAAUAAGCGCCUUAAAAGCUAUUUUCUUAUGUGAAUUUUACAACACGGAAUAUAAACAAGUUACUAAAUAUUUCACUGACAUGAUAUCAUACUUAUCCUCUUUAUUCCCUUUAUCGUCAAGGAUGGAGGCAAUGGAGAGUAUAUUUUCCUUAUUAUUUUUACGUUAUGAAGAUUUCAACGUUACAAAUGCCAGUUCCAAAGAUGAUGAUUGCACUAUUCGUAAGUCGGUGGAAUAUGACAAGUCAGGAUUCAUAGCUAAUAAAUAUGCUGUAAGAGACAUGCUAUAUUAUUUAUGGAGGAAUACUUUGAUUACGACAGAAGAGAUCGAUGAAUUACAAGUACUCGGAUUGCACGAAGAAAUACAACGACUUCGCGAAAAUAUGCUCACCUUUAAGUCAACAUUGAAGGACACUCGUUGGAGAUUGAAAUUCCAUAUGGGAUCUGAUUUUAUUGAGAAUGUCGGUCGUCCGCAGGACGAAUCAGAUGGUUCCUCUACUACAAAUAAAUCAGACGCUUUAGUCUCUCAAAAACCAAAUUUCCCACAUCGCGUCAAGGGAGACAGUUUUUUUUAUAAAGGGGACAGCGCUUCGGAUGAAACUAAAGUUAAGUCUGACAGUAGUUCGGACGCCGGCUUAUUGUGCGGCAAUAAACGCAGAAAGCGUUCGAAGAUCAGUACAACAACGGCGGAUUAUUUGUCAACGAGAGACAAACUGUCCUUGAUCAAUUUAAUGCUGGCUUCGAAAGAAAGUUUGAUUUUACAUUGUUUGUGGAAGGGCACGUUUCAGAAGGCACAAGAGGUAGUUGAGAUGUUCCACAUGGAAAACACACAAUUAGACGGCGAGAUUCGAUUUGCGGAAGCGCUUCACAAAUUUAAGCACAAUAUAUGUAAACACAUUUGUACUUCAGAUGCAAUCGAUUCUUCUAAAGAAAGCUCAAGAACUUGUACACUAGAGAAUAUAAAAUUUGCUGCACAAGAAGGUGUACAAUCCUCUAGAUACAUCAACCAACUUGAAACAUUUCUGGCGUCUCAACAAGUACAUUUACGAAUGUUGGAUACAAAUAUCUUACGCAGUGACGAAAUAUUAACUCUUAGCGUGCUGGAUCUAAGUUUGACUAUAGGCGAAACAUAUCAGAUCUCAAAUAAUCUAUGUGACAUAGCCAUGAAGUAUUUGAAGCUCUGUGAAACGUUUGACAGCACAGGACACGCAAGUUUCUUCUCGAGAAUCCAUCAAUUGUUUUAUGAAAAUAAAAAUAAUACGCCUAUGACAACGAUACUGUGUGACGCUAGACGUCCAUUGUACAUAAAGGAUUGGAAAGAGAACGAUGCCGUCUGGUGCGAAUUUGAGAAUAAUUAUCGCACGUUGUACGAUCUCGAGAGAGCGGAGAUUACAGAGGCGCGAUCUUGCGACAAUAAUUAUAUCCUAGGGUUAAAAACGAUAGAAAAAAUGUCUGAUAUUUUUAAUAGCGAAAAAUAUCUUUACAACGUCUACUCUUACCUGCAGCUUGUAUCCACUAUUAUUCCAGACGACACUACGGUACGGACAGUGUUUGAUUUAUUGAAGACGCCAUUACAUCAUUAUUUUGGAUAUCAGAUAUUCGACUUGAACACGGAGCCAGAUAAGCUUGAAAAAAUCGCUUUUGGUUUGCAAGUGAACUUGAUAUACAGCAUCCUUGUAAAUGCAUGUCCGAGUAUUUCUUGUUAUAAUGAAAGAAACUGCAGCAGUAUCAAGGAUUCUGAAUGCAUUAUACUGAAUCAAUACCAAGUACCCAAUCAAUCGGGUGCGAAAAAUGUCACAGUUAAAGGACCGAAUCAAUGUGUCUCGGAAAUAUUGGCAGAGCUCCUGCAGGUUCUGCGCAACGUAAGCUCGGGACAAUCUCAUCUGGAUAAUUCACACUUGAGAAGUAUCUCUGAUCAUACGGACAUACGGAUGAUUCUAAAUAAGACCGCGAGCCUCGCCAGCCUUGAUCUCGGCGAAUUAUCCGUAGGAGACGAAACGUUGACAUUCUUCUUGAACGUUUGGAACAUCAUGUUCCUACAUGCAAAUUUGGAUGUGUGGUCCAAGGAUCCGCCUCUCCAAAGUUUGAGGCAUACAGUCUCCUUGACAUCGAUCGGUUACAUGAUUGGCGAUCUCGGCUUGGUGACACUCGCCGCUCUCCGAUCCAAGUUAUUGGGUAGCCUCGCGAACGAUAAAAAUCUUAAAUUCUUCACACGUGUGGAGGAACUUAACGAAUUGGCAUGGCAGGACUUGGAUCUCGUGCAGAAUCCAAAAAUAAUCUUCGCCAUGGCUAAUGAAUUUUAUGGCACGCCUGAGAUUCGUGUGUACGAGGCGCAGACGUUGAACGACGAGUUGAAUGACGUGGCUCACGAUUAUAUCGCAUAUUACUCAUCGGUGUCGCCCGAUGACAUAUCUAUAGAUAGACCAAGGCGAAAAAUCAACCUGCCUGAUCUUGUGAGGCGGUAUCAAAACACUUUUGCACGAAAUACUGAUAUCGAUGUGACAAACGUUAGUAGGAGUUUGCUUCCAGCGGAUGAUUUCGAAAAAUUAAACGGAGAUGUAGAUGUGGAAUACGCUAUGUCUAAUUAUACGUACGAAGUGAUACUAAAAUAUUCUGGACAUAGUACAUCUAGCGUUACAACCACAAAUGUGAUCGUACAGACAUCAUUUUGGCAGACUCGCAAAUUAAGACCUAGCUUGUUGCAAUAUCUGGAAAGACAUUGUUGGCUCCUCUCUUAUCUUAUACAGAGGAUGCAUAACGAGAAUCCGACUAUUUUGGAGAACAAUUACGAUAAUAUAAAACGUACCGCGUGUCUCGAGAAUCUCUUGACGUCUUCGUGGGUUGACAAGCUGAAACUCUUAUUUAACAAUAAUCAAACUCUCGCCGCUAUUCACGAUAGUGUACCUGUGCACGACGUAUGGCAUUAUUUCGAGCUUAGAAAAGAUCAUAAUUGGCAAAAUUCUUUGGAGAUAUUAAACGCCUUAGCUGACAGCGUCAUAAAAUAUAAUACAGAGCUGCAGCGAUUCAAGGAUCUGAUUCUAAGUCACAUGCUGUCCAAUCUGGGUGUCCUAUCUAUCACACGAAUGCUGCAGUACCUGUAUCAAAUCAAAGAUAUACACAUACUGGCGCAAAUGAUAUUGCACAACAUUAACAAGUGGCCUAUGAUUUUGUGCGAACACGCGUUAAGCCACGCGUUGCAGCACGAGCACAGUCACAAGUUGCCAGUGCACUGCAGACAUCGGAUGAACGGCAUCUCGUGCAGAAUAACGAUUUUCCAUAAAAUGAUUCCGUACUGCAUGAGUAGGUCGAACAGCACAUGGUACGACAUCGUAUAUUGUACAGAGAAGGUCGAUCCGUUUGAGAUCAUCAAGUCCCUGAUCGAUGCGGAUCAGUUUGAGUUAUGUUUAGAGUGGCUGGAGUGUCAAGCAUUUUCUCUGGAGAUGCAAACUCCUGUGAUCCAAGAUUUUCUGAUAGGCCUUUUAAAAAAUGAACAGCAAGAUUUCAAGCAAGCUUUAAAGUUUCUUCAAGCGUUACCGUUGACGCAGUCAGUAAAGAUAUGUAAAGGGGUUCUCAAGAAAUUAGAAUCUAUUAGCGCAUUGCAAUUUAUCGCCAACUAUUUAUUGGACCACUGUAGAAUAGUAGAGCAACCAAAGUACCGGAAAACUUUGGUGGGACUAGAAAUUCUGAAGAUGUUGGAAAAUAAAGACAGAGCGUUAUACAUCCACUUGAUAAGAGAGCCAUUAUUGAUGCUGGAGCAAUUAUUGAUGAAUAGUAAAUUUGAAAAUAUUCAAAAGAUUUUGAAUAUGCUGCAUGAGGUUUUGCAACAUCCCGAUAUAGGUAUCAGCAAUUUUGACAAAGUUAUACGGUUUUACGCCAAAAAGUCGUUGGACUUUCGCGUAUCGCUCCAUCAGCGUGACGGUACCGAAAAUAAAGCCAGAAAUAUUUCACAAUCUAAUCUUGAGACGGAGGACAACGAAUUUAUUAUGCCUGUUAACGUGCCCACUAAGGAGGAAUGGGUCCCAAAUGAUAGGGCGAGAGAAUGCGAUUGCUGCAAGGCUGUGAUAUUUUCCAUGUUUAACAGACGACACCACUGUCGGCGAUGCGGUCGCGUUGUUUGUGCCAUGUGUUCUCAGCAUCGCAUGCAAGUUGCUGGUUAUCCUAGUACUGUGCUGGUACGCGUGUGCGACGAUUGCAAGCAUCAGACGGUAUUGCAAAUGCGUGCGGUGCAAAGUGUCCCGUCGACAUCCAGCAGCGAGUUGUUUGAUUAUUGGCGAUUGACAAGAGACGAAAGACACAAUCGCACCAUAAGAGAAGAGUUUUCGUUCGAGUAUGCCCCAAAUAUUUCGCUGUGUCUUGCUAUUCUGAAUUUGCACUUUGAUCCCAAGAUAUAUACCAGUUUCCUCUUGGACCGUUGCGAUGAAAUGAAGCGAUUGCUCCAACCCGUUAAUGGCGGCAGGAUAAAUCCCGAGAUUGAUCACGCGGUGAUCAUCAAGAUGAUACGUUCUCUAUUGGUCGCGGCUAAGAUGAAAUGCGCGAAAUUUGGUUUCAAUACCGGCCUCGCGCAUUGCGAUCGGUUCCUAUCGCAGGUGGAUCUAAUUGCGACUCUAGUUAAAUCUGAUUGUGUGGCUCUUAUACCGACCGACGAUGACCUCGACGAGCACACGCUGAGAAAAUUACGCGAUCUCCUCACCGAGAAGGAGCGUUGGACGUUGGCGUUGGACGUCAGCACAAAGGCAGGAUUGGACACGCAGGGCGUGUGGGCCGCCUGGGGAAAGUCUUGUUUGAAGGUGGGAUACUUGGAACAGGCGAAAGAAAAGUUCCACCAUUGCCUCGACAAAAUUGUGCACGAGGAUCUCGACGAUUGGGUCGUGCUAUCUUAUUCCAAAGAGUCGAUCGAAAACCCCGAGACAGAGUUAACGGAACGGACAACCGCGUCGGGGCCGAAGAGAGACGAAAUAUUGGACGAGGGAAAAAAGGCGUGCAGCAAAGGCGGUCACUUAAAGAGGAGUGAAUAUUCCAAGUGCCGGCCGCUGAAAGAUCCGCCGCUGUUGACAGAGAUUCUGCAAAUAUUAGAUAACUUGAGUACAUACCGAUCGCGAACACAGCAUUCGAGUCCGCAACCCAAGUCCGAUGCGGCGCAGGAAAUCUUACAGACGCUCAACAGCUUGAAAGCUGUUAGCCAAAAUCAGUUUAACGUUAAAUAUCUAAUACCCGCUAAUCAGACAGUUUACUAUCAAGAAAGUCUGUACUAUCUGUUGGCGUAUGGAAGUUAUACCUCCAUCUUACAGUUCUUUUUGAAGCAUAAAGAGUUUGACAAGUGCCUGGCGUAUAUCUUGGACAAUGACAUGGAGCGUGAUUUGUUUCUUAACGGGGUUUACUUGUACUGUUUGAGGAACGGCCACGUCGAGAAACUUCACGAUGCGAUGAAGGCAAAAGAUCCCACUUUGGUCAUUUGGAGGAAGUACCUGAUAGCCGUCUGUCAUUUCAUGGAAAGGAAGCAAUAUUGGCAUAUUUUAUACCAGAUACAGCUCUUCAUGAGGGACUGCGUGAGAGCAUCGAUGACGUGCAUCCGUUUUUAUACUACCGAAGCGAACACCUAUUCAGACUUGCACAACAGGGCGCAUUUGUUGCAAGACGCUCAAAAGCACUUGGAGUCGGACGUGCAGAUGGAGAGCUUGACCAAAAGAAGAAAGAACAUAAGCUCGGUGCACAGUGGCCAAAGUACUUUAGCGAUGGAGAUGGAACCCUCGGAGAUAGACAGGCAUAUAAACACUAUAUGCAGACAGACGGAAAUUGUCAAGUUUCUAGCGAACUGCGAAAAAGAAGAAAGAGUCUCGACUGAAUUUUUAAAUCUCUUCCCAGAUAUUGACAGCGAUAACCCCCCGGCGACGCUCGAGUUGCCUACGUUAUUUGGCAAUCAACAGCAGAAGAUACAUUUAUCCGUUUUAGCUAUAUUGUGCGGCCGUGAUAUUGGGGAAGGAUUCGGCAUAGCUUUUCGGAUAAUACAAGAUUAUAAUCUUCCGCAACAAAAGGUGUAUUCUUUAGCUGGCCAUGUAUUGGCUUUAAAAAGUAACGUAGCCGCAAUCGAGCAAUUGAUCAAAUGCUGCCGCAGCUCUGGAGCACAUAACGCCCACGUUAUUUCUGAUCACGUCUUGGCACACUGUGUGAAAUUAUUGUUGACUCACUCGUACACCGAACAGAAUCCGACACUCAAAAAUCAUAUAGAUACUUUAAUCAGACUAAUAAUCGACACAGAACUUAGAAUAAAUGCAUACAUUGAAAGUAAACAACUGAAGGCUGCGUAUCUGCUUGCCGUUAAGCAUUCUAGGGCACAAGACAUAAGGAGAAUUUUAAAAGAAUCAGAUAGGCUCGGUCAAAGUGCAAUUAAAGCGAUAUGCUUAAAGUGGCUACAACAAGAACCAAAAGGAUAAGCAUCAGGAAGAAAAAGGAAAAUAAAGAUGUUAU